AUGAAUAGAACUAUGGAAGUCCAGAGCCCUUACAAUCCAUACGCCAACCUCCCCCGAACCAACCCACCAACACCAGUCUCCGCUCGCGCAUUCAACCAUCCCCUCCCCGAGUCUCCUCGCCCAUCUCUAGGUUCAAGACCUCAUCAAAUGUCCCCACGUCCAUCUUUGGGAUCUCGCCCAGCUCAAAUGUCACCACGACCAUCAUUAGGAUCCCGACCUGUCCAAAUGUCUCCCCGACCAUCCCUCGGCUCUCGACCACCCGUCCAAAUGUCUCCCCGUCCAUCAAUGGGAACACGCUACCCCAUCGCCCUCUCCCCCCGUCCCUCCUUCGCAGCAGCCGCAAACCAACCUCUCCCGCAAUCGCCACGUCCCUCACUCGACGCAACAGUCCCUCGUCCCUCGUUAGACAAAACCCCGCCGUCACCACGCAAGCACUUCAGUCGCUCCGCCUGGGACCGCGGACCUCUCUUGCUCGGAAGUGACAGUCCGCCUCCCAUGUACCCGGCCGAGGCGCGCGCGCGGUCCAAGUCGCCCAAGUUGAAGAUGGAGGAUGUGAGCUUGGAUCCGGCGCCGGAGUAUCGCAGACAUGAGGUUGAGGUUAGGGCGGAGGUGGAGAAGAUGAAGGCGGAUGAGGAGAAGGAGAAGGAGAAGGAGAAGGAAAAGAAGGAGAAGAGACAGGGAUGUGCGUGUGCGAUUAUGUGA